UAUCUCAUUUAAACUGGUUUAACAGCCUUCCUUUUGUGGAUUUGGCCCUAUGUCUUUAUUAUUGCAUGUUUGGUACAGAGGUUGGCUUAUAACAGGUUUUUAUUAUUUGUAUUGGAAUACAUUUUUAAAGUAACCCUCCCAAUCCUGGUUAUAGUUAAUGUAAACUAAUAAAAAGCUACUAAGGUGAGAGGCAGGAUUGGGUUUAUUAUACUAUGUGUGUGUGUGUGUGUGUGUGUGUGUGUGUGUGUGUGUGUGUGUGUGUGUGUGUGUGUGUGUGUGUGUGUGUGUGUGUGUGUGUGUGUGUGUGUGUGUGUGUGUGUGUGUGUGUCUACAGUGUUACUGGUUUACCUCUCAUACUCAAGACAAUGAAUGAUUUGGAGGAAGAGGAGGACGGAGCAGAGUCUCUGAUAUCCAGCUGUGUGUCUGUGAAGAGCGACUUUUCCAAAGAUGAUCCUCCAUACUUCAGUGCUGAACCUGGACCCUCAGACACAAAAGGUCAGCACCACAGACGGAGAGCAGAGUCUCUGAUAUCCAGCUGUGUGUCUGUGAAGAGCGACUUUUCCAAAGAUGAUCCUCCAUACUUCAGUGAUGAACCUGGACCCUCAGACACAAAACAGAAGAAGAGGAAAAGUGUUUCUGUGGAGGAGCAGCUGUCCUGCUGUUCUUUGUGUCAGGACGUCCUGAAGGAUCCAGUCUCUACCAGCUGUGGACACUGGUUCUGCAGACAGUGCAUCACCUCAUACUGGGACCAGUCUGCUUCAUCAGGAGACUCCUCCUGUCCCCAGUGUGGAAAAGGAUCCAGAACCAGACCUGGACUGCAGACAGACAGUCAGAUCAGCACUGUACAAACAGAAAGUGGUCUGCAGGAGGUUUUAGAUGAACAUCAGAUCAGUCUGAGCAGCACAUGUGAAUCAGUGCCUGACGGAACUGAUGAAGGAGGAAGUAAAACCCCCCUCAACAGCAUCUUCACUGAGGUCUACAUCACAGAGGGACAGAGUGAAGAGGUUAAUACCCAACAUGAGGUGAAGCAGCUUGAGAGAGCUUCCAGGAUGGAAACCCUCCAUGACGCUCCAAUCAAGUGUCAGGACAUCUUUAAAGUCUUACCUGACCAACAGAAACACAUCAGAGUGGUUCUGAUGAACGGCGUCCCUGGCGUUGGAAAAACCUUCUCAGUGCAGAAGUUCACUCUGGACUGGGCACAGCGCUCCAACAACCACGAUAUCAGUCUGCUGAUUCUGCUCUCGUUCAGGUCGCUGAACUUGAUCAAAGAUGAGCAGUACAGUCUGCUCAUGCUGAUCCAUGUUUUCCAUCCAGCAUUACAGAAGCUCAAAGCAGAGAUGCUCACUGUCUGUAAAGUUUUGUUCGUCUUUGACGGCCUGGAUGAAAGCAGACUUUCACUGGAUUUCAACAACAGUGAGGUCGUGUCUGAUGUCACACAGAAGUCAUCAGUCAGCGUGCUGUUGACAAACCUCAUCAAGGGGAAGCUGCUUCACUCAGCUCUUGUCUGGAUAACUACCAGACCUGCAGCAGCCGGUCAGAUCCCUAAGACACAUAUCGACAGGGUAACAGAAGUACGAGGCUUCACUGACGCCCAGAAGGAGGAGUACUUCAGGAGGAGAUUCAGUGAUGAAGAGCAGUCCAGCAGAAUCAUCUCACACAUCAAGACAUCCAGGAGCCUCCACAUCAUGUGUCACAUCCCAGUCUUCUGCUGGAUCACUGCUACAGUUCUGGACCACAUGUUGACUGCAGACCAGAGAGGAGAGCUGCCCAAGACCCUGACUGACAUGUACUCACACUUCCUGCUGGUUCAGACAAAGAUGAAAAAGAACAAGUAUGAUGAGGGACAUGAGACGAGUCCACAGGAGCUGACGGAGGCUGAAAGGAAACUUCUUCUGAAGCUGGGGAGGCUGGCGUUUGAACAACUGGAGAAAGGAAACAUCAUGUUCUACCAAGAAGACCUGGAGCAGUGUGGUCUUGAUGUCACAGAGGCCUCAGUGUUAUCAGGAGUUUGUACACAGAUCUUCAAAAGAGAGAGUGUGAUCUUCCAGAAAACAGUCUACUGCUUUGUUCAUCUGAGCAUUCAGGAGUUUCUGGCUGCAGUCUACUUGUACCACUGUUUCACCAACAGCAACACAGAGGUACUGGAGGGAUUCCUGGGGAAAAAACACAGUGACCUAUCUCUGGAUGUCUUCCUGAUGGAAGCCAUGGAGAAAUCCCUUGUGAGUAAAAAUGGCCACUUGGACCUGUUUGUCCGCUUCCUUCAUGGCCUCUCUCUGGAGUCCAACCAGAGUCUCUUAGGAGAUCUGCUGGGUCAGACAGACAACAGUCCAGAAACCAUCCAGAGAGCCAUCAAAAACCUGAAGGAGAAAAAGACCCAAGUCUUGCCUGACAGAAGCAUCAACAUCUUCCACUGUCUGAUAGAGAUGAACGACCGCUCAGUACAUCAGGAGAUCCAAGAGUUCAUGCAGACAGAGAACAGACCAGCGAAAAGACUCGCUGAUAUCCACUGCUCAGCUGUAGCCUACAUGCUGCAGAUAUCAGAGGAGGCUCUGGAUGUGUUAAACCUUAAGACGUACAUCACAUCAAGGGAUGGACGACUAAGAUUGAUCCCAGCUGUGGGGAACUGCAGAAAAGCUAAACUUGAUCGUGUUGGACUCUCAGAGACUCAAUUUGAAGUCGUGGCUUCAGCUUUGAGGUCCAACCCCUCCCUUCUGAGAGAGCUGGACCUGAGCUACAACAACAAGCUGCGGGAUUCAGGAGUGAAGCUGCAUGACUUUCUGGCGAGUCCACACUGUAGACUGGAGACUCUGAGAUUGAGGUUGUGCGGGUUGUCAGAGACCAGCUGUGCUUAUGUGAUCUCAGCUCUGAAGUCCAACCCCUCCCAUCUGAGAGAGCUGGAGCUGAGUGACAACAACCUGCAGGAUUCAGGAAUGAAGCUGCUGGGUAAUUUUCUGGAGAAUCCAGUCUGUAAACUGAAGAUUCUGAGAUUGAGGUGGUGCAGUUUGUCAGAGAUCAGCUGUGGUUCUCUGGCCUCAGCUCUGAAGUCCAACCCCUCCCAUCUGAGAGAGUUGGAGCUGAGCUGGAACAAGCUGCAGGAUUCAGGGGUCAAGCUGUUGUGUGCUUUUCUGGAGAGGCCAAACUGUGGACUGGAGACUCUGGGGUUGAGUCACUGCGGUUUGUCAGAGAUCAGCUGUGCUUCUCUGGCCUCAGCUCUGAAGUCCAACCCCUCCCAUCUGAGAGAGCUGGAUCUGAGCGGAAACGAGCUGCAGGAUUCAAGAGUGAGGCUGCUGUCUCAUCUUACGGAGAGUCCAGACUGUAGACUGGAGACUCUGAGAUUGAAGUGAUGAUCUCUGUCAGAGUGUGAGUGAACAUCCAGGAGUGUUGAGAGAGGAUCAGCUGUAUCCUGAUGAUCCAUCUGGACUGGAGUCUGGAUCUGGAUUUUAUCAUCUUCACUUCAGCCUGAAGUGUUUUCCAGUUUUCCAGUUAACUUUUAUCCAGUUAUUUCUGGAUUUUGUUAAAGUUAAACACUUAACAGAUUUGCUACAUGACCUGUUUGAUGCAUUAAAGAAACAGGUGUUAUAGGUCAGACUCUGAUUAUGGGCCCAUAUUGAUCAAGUGUCUCAGAAUUGCACUGCGAGUUAACUGAGGAUGAAAAAUGAUAUAUGAACCAGAUGAGAAUUUACUGAUUUUCAGGAGGAGAGAGAUUACUCCUAGGAGAGAGAGUGAGACAUUGCUGUAGAAAAUAACAUGGACCGAAUUUUUUGCUGUGAGGAGACUUGAGUUCAACCUGUUUGAGGAGCUCAGUCUGAUAAGUCAUUAUCUUCCUUUAAAUCAGUUCUUAAAACUCAUUUUUAUUUUUUUAAUAUGCUGCACGUUAUGUCUUUUUUACAGCUUUAUUUUCUUCAUGUAUGUUUGUGUUUGUUUUGUUUAAAGCAUUGUGUAAUGUUGGUUAUGAGAAGGGAAGGUGGUGGGAUGAUGGAGGAUGCAGAAACCUCUGAAAAUAAAUUAACUUGCAGCAUUUUUAUCUUGUGUCAAACUUCAGCUUCAUGUAUAAUACCAUCUUUUUUUUGGGGGGGGGGGGGGGGGGGGGUUUGGUCUUUUUUUCUGUCUGUCGGUAUAAAUGACUCAUAUUUUAUUGAAUGUGUGUUCUUUGUUUUGGAUAUCUGGCUUUAUUACGGUUUUUGUUUACAAACCGCUGGAUGGACAGUAGGGGUGGGAAUCACCAGAGGCUUCACGAUAUGAUAUUAUCACGAUACGAUAUUAUUGAUACAUGAUAUAUUGCAAUUCAUUACCUUUUUUCAACUGUAAAUUAUUUCCCCAAAGGAAAACUUCCUCCUGCAUGCUGACUGUCACCUCUGCUGACCUCACCAGAAAACAAACUGGAGCCAUCUAGUGGACUGAAAAAGCAAUUGAUUUUAUUAUUCCAGCUCCAAAAACUUAAAUUUUAAUUUGCAAUUUAUAUAAGAAAAUAUCGAUACUUGGCGUCUGUGUAUCGAUACAAUAUUGCCACGCAAAAUAUCGCGAUGCUAUGCUGUAUCGAUUUCCCCCCCCCCACCCCUAUCGGACAUCACCAUCUGACUUUUUGGUUAUGUUUUGCUUUAAUGGUAUAUUAUGUUAAGAUACAUUUUAUUGUGUAGCCUAAAUAGUUACAGCACUGCACCCAUGGUCUGAAAUCAGUAAGCAG